AUGGCUUCCAACUUGAAGCGUUUAGCUAGGGAGCAUGCCUCGCUCCAUCACCAGGGCCUCCCGCCAUACUACUGCUUUCCCAGCUCCAACCCCGCUGGCCCAGAUAGUUUGACGCAGCUCACCGUGCUGCUUACCGGGCCAUCGGGGACACCUUACUCGCAGGGACUUUGGCGUCUGCAGCUUCGUCUGCCGGAAGACUACCCCUCAAGCCCGCCCAAGGCGUUUUUCAAAACACGAAUAUGGCACCCAAAUGUCGAGGAAUCAACUGGUGCCGUCUGUGUGGACACGCUAAAGAGAGACUGGGAUCCAAAGCUUACACUGAAUGAUAUCCUGAUCACGAUAUCGUGUCUUUUGAUACAUCCAAACCCUGAUUCAGCACUAAACGCCACUGCCGGUGCUUUGCUGCAGGAAAACUACGAGUCAUUCGCUCGGCAAGCGAAGCUGAUGACCUCUAUCCAUGCUCCUAUUCCAGCAGAAAUGAAAGACCAAGUGAAUGAAGCCAAAAGAGAUGACGACGUUACUGCCAGUUCAACUGGUGAAGAGCAAAGCAGCUCGAAUAGAGACGUGCCAGUGCAGACAGUCAUCAUGAAACGAAAACAGCAAUCAACCCCACCAUUGCUGGAAGAACAACAACCCGCGUCGGAACACCAAGUGAAUCAGCCAACUGAGGACUCAGAUUCAGAUGCAGACGCGGACUCGGAUUCAGAAAAUUCAGCAUCAAAGGAGAAUGAUCCAACACUUUCAAAGGAACCAGAGCUCGUUCUGGUAAAUGAUUCCUCCGACGACGAAGGGGACGCAAACCAGCCGCCAGAGUUCAGUGGUAUGACAGCCUCGGAGAAGAACGUAGCAGCCAACAGCCCCGACUUCGCAGCUACCAUAAGCAGAAACAGGUCAAAUUCAAAACAUCAACACCAACACCGCAUCCCGUCUUUAAAUGAUCAAUCACUCCUUCUCCAACCGCGCCGAAAAGCUCCUAAACUCUCCGAUUCGACAGCGAAGCGGUCAUGCAUUAAUAUGGCCCCAGUCAGCGUCUUGGCUCCUGCGAAGACAGCGGCUGAGAGGAAGCGAAGCUCCGCCGGGUCAGACGGUGGCAAUUACGCGAAUGCGAAACCGCUCAGCCCAAUCAUAAGUGUCGCUACGGCCACCAUGACCACCAAGGAGACAAACAUGAAGCAGGCCGGUGGUCCAGCACCUUUCCUGACAAGUAAAGUCGAAGCCUCGUUUUCAAUGGACGAUAAACUGUCUGUUCGAAGCAGCCUUGCGCCCCUUCCCCUGGCUAGGAAACCGCAACACCAACAUACCUUGAGUAAUCUAACGGUCAGACCGAAGCCCCGGACGGGUCUUAGGAGGUUGUAA